UUCUGUCAUAGAUACAUAUUGUUUUUCUAAUUAUUAAAAAUAAUGGAAAAUUGUGAAAUUUUGGUUUCUGAGCAGAAUAUUUCUGUAGGGGAUGCCUCGUUCUAUGUUAAAAAACCUGGUAAAAAUGAAAUAAUACAUAUAAAUAAGACUGGAUCAAUAUCUCUAACAUUCCGAAGUGUAACUAAUUUUAUUCGUGAGAUAUUUCUACCUGUUGGUUAUCCUGAAAGCGUUAGUGAAGACUACUGGAACUAUCAAGUAUGGGAUACAGCCCAGGCGUUUUGCAGUACUAUUAUUGGAGCUUUUACUACCAGAUCUAUUCUAAAAGGUGUUGGGGUAGGAAAUAAAGAAGCAAACGCCUUAUCAGCAGCAGUAACAUGGAUUCUGAAAGAUGGAAUGGGUAUGAUAGGAAGAAUCAUUUUUGCUUGGUGGAAAGGGAGCUUUUUGGAUACAGACUGUAAAAAAUGGAGAUUCUUUGCUGAUAUUCUAAAUGAUGCUGCAAUGUGUAUAGAAUUGUGUCUUCCAUACUUUUCAAAUUACUCAAUGGAACUUUUAUGUCUAACUUCUUCAAUGAAGUCUAUCGUUGGAGUUGCGGGUGGUGCAACUAGGGCUUCAAUAACACACCAUCAGGCUAUUAAAGAUAACAUGGCAGAAAUAUCUGCCAAAGAUGGGACUCAAGAGACAUUGGUGAAUUUAGUGGGAAGCAUGCUGAGCAUUUAUUUAUUAAACGUAUUCACUGACACCACUUCAGAAUGGCUGCUUAUCUUCACUCUGAUGUUUUUACAUCUGCUAACUAAUUAUUGGGCUGUGAAAUCUUUAGUAUUCAGAACUUUCAAUGAACAAAGACUGACAUUGGUUUUAAAAAGUUAUUUUAGUAUUGGAACUGUUUUAAGUCCUGCGAAAAUUAAUGAAAGCGAACGAAUUCUUCUGGGACGUGGAAUGGAUGUAAGCCAAAUAUGCGGUUUUGACAUCUACACCGGUGUCCCAUUAAAAAAGAUUCUUCGUAAUUGGAGCGCCGUUGAUUUUAAGGAACUUGUGUCUAUACAUAAAGAAUACAAUUAUUUGAUUCUAGUCAAUUUACAUGUCAGAAAAAUUUAUAUAAUAAUCAGCAAAGGAGAAUCAGCGGAAAGUUUGAUAGCAGCCAAGUUUCAUGCUGUAUGCUUGGCAAUAGCUACCUGCAUUUUUAACAACAUAUAUCUGGAUGUUUAUGAUAAGAGGCAACGAAAUCAUCGUACUCCCAUUACGAAAUUGCUCAGCUUCAUGAGAGCAUAUCAAACUUCUUCUAUCUUAAUGAAUAUUCCGUUCAACCAUCUAUUGGAGCUUCAAGAAUUUAUCAAACAGGAGUAUCAGAUGUUUUAUACUGCUCUGCAAGUUAAUGG